CGUGGCCGGGCGUGCGGGCGGCUCGCUGCUCCGCGUCCGGAGAGCAGAGCCGAGGGCGCCGCACGGGGUCCCUGUGCCGCGGCGCGCGCUGGGCCCUGGCGGCCUGCUCGCGGAGGUGCAGCUUCCCGGCAGCCGCGCCGCCGUGGGCCCUGGGUCCGAGCCUCCCCGCCCGCGCGCUGCUCCGCCGAGGCCCCGGCCUGUGCCCCGCCGCGUCCUUCCCUCCGCUCUGCAGGCUCGCCUCCGGCGUCAUGGCUCAAAGGGCCUUCCCGAACCCGUACGCCGAUUUUAACAAAUCCCUGGCCGAAAGCUACUUUGAUUGUGCCGGGCGGCUGACUCCUGAGUUCUCACAACGCUUAAACAAUAAGAUUCGAGAGCUUCUUCAGCAAAUGGAGAGGGGCCUAAAGUCGGCAGACCCUCGGGAUAGCACUGUUUACACUGGCUGGGCAGGUAUCGCUCUGCUCUACUUACAUCUCUAUGAUGUGUUUGGGGACCCUGCUUACCUACAGAUGGCACAUGGCUAUGUAAAGCAAAGUCUGAACAGUUUGACUAAGCGUUCCAUCACCUUCCUCUGCGGGGAUGCAGGCCCCCUGGCCAUAGGCGCUGUGGUGUAUCACAAGAUGAACAAUGAGAAGCAAGCAGAAGACUGCAUCACUCGACUAAUUCACCUAAAUAAAAUUGACCGCCAUGCUCCAAAUGAAAUGCUCUAUGGACGAAUGGGCUAUGUCUAUGCUCUUCUCUUUGUGAAUAAGAACUUUGGAGUGGAAAAGAUUCCUCAAAGCCAUAUUCAGCAGAUUUGUGAAGCAGUUUUAACCUCUGGAGAAAACCUAGCCCAAAAGAGAAACUUCACAGCAAAGACUCCACUGAUGUAUGAAUGGUACCAAGAAUAUUACGUGGGGGCUGCUCACGGCCUGGCAGGAAUUUAUUAUUUGCUGAUGCAGCCCAGUCUUCAAGUGAGCCAUGUGAAGUUACAUAAUUUGGUCAAGCCCAGUGUAGAUUAUGUCUGCCAGCUGAAAUUUCCUUCCGGCAAUUAUCCUCCUUGUGUGGAUGACAAUCGAGAUCUUCUAGUCCAUUGGUGUCACGGUUCACCUGGAGUGAUCUACAUGCUCAUCCAGGCCUAUAAGGCAUUCAGAGGAGAACAUUAUCUCAAUGACGCCCAUCAGUGUGCUGAUGUGAUCUGGCGGUACGGAUUGCUGAGGAAGGGGUAUGGGCUGUGCCAUGGCACUGCGGGGAAUGCCUACGCCUUCCUGACACUGUACAACCUCACACAGGACAUGAAGUACCUGUAUCGGGCCUGUAAGUUUGCUGAGUGGUGUUUAGAUUACGGAGAACACGGUUGCAGAACACCGGACACCCCUUUCUCCCUCUUCGAAGGAAUGGCUGGAACAAUCUAUUUCCUGGCUGACCUCCUAGUGCCCACAAAAGCCAGGUUCCCUGCGUUUGAACUAUAAAAGGAAAGCCUACCCCCUGCAACUCACUGCAUGACCCUUUCUGUAUGUCAAACUGGACUAAGUGCUUUCAUUGCUUUUCAAGGAAACAUAGAGUCUUUAGCUUCUUUUGUUUGUCAUUUACAUUUACUUAAAAAUAUCCAAGGAAAUCUUUUAACUUUAACCUGUUUCUUCCUAAAGGAAGGAUGAGUGAUAUGUACAGUGUUUUGAGGGCAUAGGUAUCUAUAUAUUUUCAGAACUUGGAGGAAAUCUUACUCUUAUUUAAAGCUUUAUAACCAUAUGUUGCUGUUCUAAAACAUGUUUAAAGGAAACUAAAUGUAGAUAAAGAUAAAUAUAUGGUUAUUGGUGGAUAUUACCCUUUAUCUUUAUAGUAUUUUUCCUCCACUAGGGCAGACAGUUUUAUGACUUUGUUUUUCUUUAGGUGGUUGAUUAUGAAGGGGGACAAAAAUAUUAAGUAUAUGCUUCUGAGACAGAAGUUGCAAGAUUUGCAAACUGGUUUAAGGACCUAACUAUCAUUUUUCAAAUUCACAUUGCAGGUUUAACUAGAGAGAAAGAUACUUUCCAAUUUGCUGCUGCUUGGUAGUAUAGCAUCCAGUCUCUAGAAAUCAACAUUGUUAUCAAAAAGUUCUAAAAUGCAAUGUGAUUUUGAAAUUUCUGAUUUGAAGGUUAAUUCAAGAUAAGCUAACAAAAAGCUUACUGCUUUUCUAAAAUAAGCAAGUGUAUUUUUGAACUAUUUAUUUAAAUGUGUUUGUUCUUUGGUAUUAAUAUAAGAUCAAGAAACAAAUUUUCUGUAUGUGAAUAUGUUGUGACAGGAUUUGAGUCCACCCUGUCCAACUGACCUCCUACACUUUGACUUGUGUUCUACUUCCUUGGCAAUGACUAUGCUUUAGCGCUCGCUGUUUGUUUACAAGCCAUAAGAUAUUUUCCUUCCUUUCAAUCUAUCAGGAUGUUUGUCUUUUCACUAAAUAGUACAGUAUGCUGCAUCUCUUUAAAAAGGGUCGAGGAGUGCUAUGUAGCCAAUAACAUGAACAAAAACACUAAGCUUUUCAUAGAAAUGCUGUUAUUUAGGAGGUAUUAUCCAAUGAAAAUGUUUAGAACAGCUUGAUCCUCUUUGCGUAUCCUAAGCUUAACAUUCAUCAAUUUCUGAGCCCCUGAGGUCAUGUAUUCAUUUGGUAGAUGAAGGACCUCUGGUGCUUCACAUUCUGUAUAAAUUUUCCAACUCAUCAGCUUUCCUUCUCCUCCUUCCUUCGCUGCCUUUCCCAGGCUCAUUUCAUCUUUUCUGUAUGUUUCAAGUGAUUUUAGAAUAUUUUGCAGCUUUAAAAAAACAGGGUUGAAAAACUUUAAAUGUGCCUAUUUCAUGGCUUUCUCCAUCACAAAAGCAUGCUAUUUUUAACUUUGAACCAAAUCUAUGGGUAUAUGUUGGUUCCUAUGGCUAGAAGUCCUCUGUUACUUCACAUUCAGCACCAAAAUAUCUUAUAUUGGAAAUUGACCCUUUAAAGGCUACUGACAGAAGGAGUAAAAAAAUAGCCCACUGCUUAGUUCCUAGAAUUAGCUUAUUCCUCAUGCUAGUUGGGAAAACCUUAUCCUCUCUGUGGUCUGAGGUGCUGCUGGUUAGCUGUGCCUUUCUCCAGUGCUCCUGGUUAGCAAACGAGUUGCUCGUUUCUGAUGAGCAAUGUUGGCAUUCAUAGUAAAGCUAAUUUGCCUUUGGCUGGGUGUCCAACUUGAAAGAACAAAACCCAUUUAGUAUAGUUAGAUAUCUCACUAUAGUGUGCCUGUACUUCCAGCUACUGUAAUUACUAACCAAGGGAAAGAGAGCAAAACACACUUUCUCUUAGCCAGAGGAACCUUAAUCACAGUUCAUCUCCAAACGCCUUGAUUAACUUAACCCUGGGAAAACUUCAGGGCAGGGAGAAGAACAUUUUGAAUAAGAUUCUUGUUAAUAUUUAGAUUGCAUUUUAACUACUGUCAUCCGUUAAGGAAUUCAUCAGUACAAACACAAAUCAAGUUUCAUUUUUUUUCCCUUAGCUUUUUAGAAUUUGUUUAACUGUCAGGAUUUUCUCUUCAUGCCGUUGUUUUAUUUAUGGUUAAGAAGUAAGAAAAUUUGAUAAGACUUUAAACUCAAGCCAAAGCUGUAAAACGAAGACCAGUACCCUAACACCGUAGUGGAAACUAAGAAACUUUUAUAACAGCUUCUUCAUUUUAAAAGGAAAAGACAGCACUGUAGUUCUAUUUCUAUUAUGUCAUUUUCCCUCAGAUAUUUCUCAGAUUUCUUCUUCUUUUUUACCUUUUUUUGAUUAAAAAAUGCCUUCCCAAAAGUUGCUUCCCCAAAAAAUCCACAGUACCUCUUCUCUCUCCAUGCAAAGACUAGGGAGUAAAACCUUCAAAGCGUGUUGAGCAAUGUUCAUUUAUCCCACCAUGUGUUUCUGUUCCUGUGGUAAGGAGAAAUUACAGUGGUUAACUUUUCAUCAUGUAAAAUAUGUGAACGUUAGUUAUCGCAGCCAUUUCCAUGUAUCCCAUUGGGCUUUGGCUUACUCUGAGUUGGUCUUUCAUCCUUAGAGUCAUUGGUCUCCUUUUCAUCUUUGAUGUCAGUUCUGAUUAUUUGGCAUCAAAAGCCUUCAUGGUAGGAAGAGUUUUAGGUAAAAGUGGAUCCAAGACCACUGUCUUCUUAUUGCCACUUCCCUACAGAACUAAUUGAGAGACAUGUCCUUGGGUUUAUUUGUAUCUGAUCUUAUGGUGCCCUGCCUUCUACUAGCUGAUUCGAAAUACAGAAUGUGAAGAGUGAACAUUUAUUCAUCUACUCCUUUGGCUACUAGAACUCAUCUGCAGUCCUUUCUUACUCAUACUGAAUCCCGAUUCUACUUCUGCUUCUUCUAAAUAGGUCAGAGCAUCCCAUUUGUCUAUUGCUGAGCUGUAGAACUGUUUCUCUCCUGUAGGUAUAAAGCAGAGUGUGUGGGAUAUUCAGGGAACCCACCCUAAUGAUAUAUUGCCAUUCUCUGGGAAAGGUUGGGAUCAUUAAGUAUUUCUGUGUUCUGUAAAGAAUUUCAUAUACUGGUUCUCAAUAAAAUUUUAUUAGGACUAA